AUGUCUCGGCUUCUCUACGCGCUUGGUGCGCUAGCCCUGGGUCAAAGUGCGUUGGCAGCUCCUCAACUGUCUCCCCGCGCUACCACAAGCCUGGAUGCCUGGCUAGCCACUGAGACCACUGUCUCUCUUGAUGGAAUUCUCAAAAAUAUUGGUGCCAGCGGUGCUUUUGCCCAGAGUGCUAAAAAUGGUGUUGUUAUUGCUAGUCCCAGCACGAGCAACCCAGACUAUUACUAUACUUGGUCCCGAGACUCUGCGCUCACUUUGAAGGUCCUCAUUGAUCUCUUCCGUAAUGGAAAUCUGGGAUUACAGACCGUUAUUGAGGAAUACAUCAAUGCACAGGCUGCUCUCCAGACCGUAUCCAACCCCUCUGGAGAUCUCUCCAACGGUGCUGGUCUCGGUGAGCCGAAGUUCAAUGUAGACCUAAGUGCAUUUACUGGCUCCUGGGGCCGUCCUCAACGUGAUGGUCCUGCUUUACGUGCCAUUGCACUGAUUGAUUUCGGUAACUGGUUGAUCGAUAAUGGAUAUCCUACUUAUGCGGUGAACAAUGUUUGGCCGAUUGUCCGCAACGAUCUGUCUUACGUUUCUCAGUACUGGAGCCAGUCCGGCUACGAUCUCUGGGAAGAGGUGAACAGUAUGUCCUUCUUCACCGUUGCCAACCAGCACCGUUCUCUCGUCGAAGGAAGUGCCUUUGCUAGCCGAGUUGGCGCAUCCUGCUCCUGGUGCGACUCACAGGCUCCCCAGAUCCUCUGCUACAUGCAAAGCUUCUGGACUGGAUCCUAUAUCAAUGCAAACACAGGUGGUGGUCGCUCUGGAAAGGAUGCGAACACUGUUUUGGCCAGUAUCCAUACCUUUGACCCGGCGGCAACUUGUGAUGAUAUUACUUUCCAGCCUUGCUCUUCUCGGGCUCUCGCAAACCACAAGGUCUACACUGACUCGUUCCGUUCUGUCUAUUCCCUCAACUCUGGCAUCGCUCAGGGUGUUGCUGUCGCCGUGGGCCGUUACCCUGAAGAUUCAUACUAUAACGGCAACCCAUGGUUCUUGUCUAACCUAGCUGCUGCUGAACAAUUGUACGAUGCGAUCUACCAAUGGAACAAGAUUGGUUCUAUCACCAUCACCAGUACUUCUCUGGCCUUCUUCCAGGAUGUCUACAGCUCCGCUGCUGUCGGCACCUAUGCCUCGAGUAGCUCCACUUUCACAUCCAUCAUCAGCGCCGUGAAGACCUAUGCCGAUGGCUACGUCAGCAUCGCGCAGGCUCACGCCUUCACCAACGGUUCCCUCUCUGAGCAAUACGACAAGAGCAGCGGUCUUUCUCUUUCUGCCCGUGAUCUUACCUGGUCUUAUGCCGCCCUUCUCACAGCAAACAUGCGCCGCAACGGUGUCGUGCCUCCUUCUUGGGGUGCCAGUUCCGCCAACACAGUCCCUUCUUCUUGCUCAAUGGGUUCUGCUGCCGGCACUUACGCCACUCCUACCGCGACCUCAUGGCCUAGUACCUUGACUAGCGGUACCGCAGUUUCGACUACCUCUACUACUGCUACUACUACUUCUACCACUACUUCCUCCACUUCAUGCACUACCCCGACCUCUGUUGCGGUCACCUUCGAUGAGACUGCCACCACUACCUACGGCGAGAACGUUUUCAUCGUCGGUUCAAUCUCGCAGCUGGGAAGCUGGAACACCGCAAAUGCUAUCGCACUAAGCGCCAGCCAGUACACUUCCAGCAACCCCUUGUGGUUUGUGACCAUUAGCCUCCCCGCUGGUACUACGUUCCAGUACAAGUAUAUCCGCAAGGAAACGGACGGCUCGAUUGUCUGGGAGAGUGACCCUAACCGCUCUUACACUGUGCCUGCGGCGUGUGGAACCACCACCGCUACUGAGAAUGAUACCUGGCGGUAG